GAAGCAGCAAGCUGCUCCGUUUGUUGUUCAAGUCGAAGGAAGAACAAACUGAUUCUUCUAUUUUAAACACUUUAAAUUCCGAAAGCGACCACGAUAUAGAGCAGCGUCGGGGCAGAAAACGAUACAGAGGAGGAGGACGAGAAGAGAAGGAGCGCUAGAAGAGAGAGAAAAUCAGGAUUCUGUGAAAAUGUUUCAGAUUUGACUGAAAGAUGUCUGGAAGCAUCAUGGAAGCGACGGCCAUCUUCCCCAUCCUCCAGAAGAAGCUGGCGUUUCUGUCAGGGGGCAAAGACCGGCGCAGCGGCCUGAUCCUCACCAUCCCCCUCUGCUCGGACCAGACCAGCAUGGAGGAGCUGGGGGCCACGCUGGACUACCUGCUCAGCAUCCCCAGUGACAAGUGCAAGGCUCGCGGCUUCACCGUCAUUGUGGACGGCAGGAAGUCUCCCUGGAACAUCGUGAAGACUGUGGUGCUGAUGCUGCAGAACGUGAUCCCAGCUGAAGUGUCGCUGGUCUGCGUGGUGAAGCCUGAUGAAUUCUGGGAUAAGAAGGUCACGCACUUCUGCUUCUGGAAGGAGAAGGACCGGCUGGGCUUCGAGGUGAUCCUGGUUUCAGCCAAUAAACUGACCCGUUACAUCGAGCCCUGUCAGCUCACGGACGACUUUGGAGGAAGUCUGGACUACGACCACGGAGACUGGCUCAGCAAGAGACUGGUUUUUGAGAAGUUCACGAAGGAGUCGACGUCUCUGCUGGACGAGCUGUCGACGAUCAACGAGGGCGACAAAAGCAGCUCCAUAGACAAGUCUGAUUGUGCUCUGCUGCCGUCCUUCGACCCCGAGACCGUCCUGCAGACCGUGAGUCCAUAUGUGGCACAGCCCCCGUCCCUCAUGUCCAGUCCUUCCCCCUCAGCUCCGGCCUGGUGCCCCAUGGAGGAGGAGCUGCUGGCUCAGCCUCGCGUCAUGAAGCUGCUGGACUCUCUCCGGGAGCAGUACACCCGCUACCAGGAGCUCUGCAGGCAGAGGAACAAACGCAGCCAGCUGGACGAGAUCCACGCCAAGGUCAUGCAGGUGGUCACGUGGCUGCAGGGUCCCGGUUCAGAGCUGCUGAAAACUCACCAAGCCAUUGGAGACUCCAUCCGAGCGGCUCAGGCCCUUCAGCAGAAACACGAGGAGAUCGAGAGCCAGCACAGCGAGUGGUUUGCCGUGUACGUGGAGUUGAACCAGCAGAUCGCUGCCCUGCUCAGUGCCGGGGAGGAGGAGGAGGUGGUGGAGCUGAAGGGUUUACAGCAGCAGCUCAGCGACGUCUGCUACCGACAAGCCGCUCAGCUGGAGAGUCGGCAGAACGUCCUGCAGGCGGCGCAGAGCUUCCACAGCAGCACGCAGGAGUUGUCCCAGCAGCUGGACGGUCUCCUGGGCAUGCUCUGUGCUGACGUGGCUCCAACCGACGGGGCAUCAAUUCAGCAAAACCUCAAACUGCUGGAGGAGAAACUCCAGACAGUCGAGGCGGGACUGACGGCGCUGCGCCAGAAGGGGGCGCUGUUGCUGGAGCAGAUGUGCAGCCAGCCGGCGUGGGCUCUGGAAGAGGCAGAGAGUCCGGCUGGAGAGCAGCAGGACAACGUUCAGCACAUCCAGGCCGUGAUGGAGGAGAUGCAGCUGCGCAAGCAGAGGUGCGAGGACAUGGUGGACGUGCGGAGGCUGAAGAUGCUGCAGAUGGUCCAGCUGUUUAAAUGUGAAGAAGACGCCUCACAGGCAGUAGAGUGGCUCGGUGAAUUGUUGGACGCCUUGUUAAAGACCCAUGUCCGACUGGGCGACGACUCCCAGGAGACCAGGACCAUGUUGGACAAACACAAGAAGUUUGUGGACGUGGCUCAGAGCACGUACGAUUACGGCCGUCAGCUGCUGCAGGCGACCGUCGUCCUCUGCCAGUCCCUGCGCUGCACGACCCGCUCCUCCGGCGACACGCUGCCCCGUCUGAACCGGGUCUGGAAGCAGUUCAGCGUCAGCGCUGACGAGAGGCAGCAGAGGCUGGAGCUGGCGCUGAACUUCCACCUGACCGCCGAGAAGGUGUUCCAGCAGGAAGGUGUGGAGGCCGAGUCUCUGGACGACAUCGACUCUUCUGGGAAGAUUCUCCUGGACAGACUGGCCCUGCCGGUCAUCUUCCCUGACGGGAGUGAACAAUUCUUCGGGACUCCCAGCGACACGGCGACGGCAGCGGAGGGCGUGAGAGAGCGCCUCCUGCUGGUGGAAGAGCGGCGGCUGCAGCUGCCGGAGGUGAGGCGUCCCGUCCAAGAAGAGGAGGAGGAGGACGGGGAAGAAGAGGAGGAGGAAGAAGAAGAAGAAGAAGUGCUAAACGGGCAGGAGGGAUGGCUGGAUGUCAUCGGAGAGGAACUGAGUGAGAAAGAGGAACAAGAAGCUGACGAGGAGCAGGAAGAGGCAGAACAACACGGUGAAGAACUGAAGAGGGCGACGCAGGACUGACGUGAAACCAGCCUUAAUUAAGCUCGUUAGCCAUGAGCUGCUGAUUAAUUUCCAGCAACCUCCGAGGAGGAGCGCCCUCUACAGGUUUACUUCUGCACAACUGCAGCAGAACAUUUUCUUCCUUACAUUCAACCCAGAUCGCUCCUCAGACUUCACCUUUUCCUGCAGGAGGAUUUCAUGCUUUGGAUCUGAAACUGAGAGAAGUUUUGAGAAGCCUCUCCUGUUUUCCUGGCAUUAGUGUUCUCUCCGAGUCUGUAACAAAUGUACAAUACUGCUGGUUUACUGGAAUAACUAAUAAUCGUCUCUGCUCUUUAAAGGAUGAUUAACUUAAGCGUAUAACUUGUAGAUGCUCCUAAUGUGCGCUCUCGUACGUCCUCCUCAUUGACUGAAUGUGCGCAGAUUCCACGGUGCUUUUCCUCGGCUUCUGUUGCUCUUAUUGCUGCUUCCUGCAUCGGUAAAUGUUACUGAUCCGUCAGCGGAGCCAAGAAAAAAAUGUUCUGCUUUUACUGAUGAAGGCUGUGAGAGCAACUUGUUGGGAGGAAGUUAUGGGCCAAUCCCGAAGGUACGGUGGCCGAGACCCACCAUUGCUGAAAAUAAAAGUAACGCUGCAAACAGAAACAAACGCCGCUGCAAAUAAAAUAAACCCUGCAAACAAAAUGAAACGCCGCUGCAAAUAAAAGAAACGCUGCAAAUAAAAUAAAAAAACGACGCAAAUAAAAAAGCCACAACGGAAGUGAAUUACCGGGGACUAUUUUUGCUGAUGCACCGGUGUUGCACAUUAAAAAUUACACGUAACAACGUUGAACACUAACCUUUUCACUUAUUUUCUCGUUCGUUGUUCUUCUUAUUCCUCGCUCUUCUUAUUUCUUCCUUUUCACUUACGUCCUCUUCGUCUUCUUUUCUCCUCUCACGUAAAAAACACCGGUGCAUCAGCAAAAAUAGUCCCCGGUAAUUCACUUCCGUUGUUGCUUUUUUAUUUGCGUCGGGUUUUUUUAUUUGCAGCGUUUUUUUUAUUUGCAAAGCGCUUAUUUUAUUUUCAGCGUUUAUUUUACUUGCAAAGCGUUUAUUUUAUUUGCAGCGGCAUUUCUUUUUAUUUGCAGCGUUUCUUUAAUUUUCCGCAAUGGCGGGUCUCGGCCACCGUACGAAAGAGAUCAAGAAACACCUGUUACCUUAAUGCAUUCUAUGUAAGAGUGGUCUAAAAGUCAAACAGAGUUAAUUCUCCUCGUGCUCUGCUUCCUAAAUCUAGUAAAAGCUGACCUUUGAUCGCAUCCAUGCAGUUUUGCUACAAUCUCUAUUAACCCGUAGGCAGCAAAGCUGGAGUUUAAAACCGGAACACUAAGAAACUGUCGCAGACCAGAUACUUCUAGUUUGACAUUUUCCAAUGGUUUUAUCCGUUAUGUUUUAUGAGGACUUACAAUAGUAUUCAUACUUUUACCAGAUUGUGACUAACUACAUAGGUCGGGUACAUUUUUGGGUCAGUGGUAAAGAUUUAUUUGAUCAAAUAAGGAUGAUUUUUAGUUUCAGUCUGACUUGAGUCCAUUAAUGGGUUUCUUCCUGGUGAAUUAUCAUGAUUCUUUACCCCCCACCCCCCAGAAAAAAGGAUGAGAUGAUCAUUGUUGGGCUCGCUCCCUAAUAUUUACCGCCUGACGAUGUGUACAGAGACAAGACAUGUGCUAAAUAAAAAUAUAUUUCAACAGUCUG